UUCCCUUGAUACCGGUUCCGCCAACCGCCAUGACCGCAACUCCCAGCUCUACCUCCUCUCACGACGAAAAGACCUCGACGACCGUCGAUACGAUCCCCGUCGCCCCCAAGCCCGCCCACGUGCGCGUCGUGCCAGUCUCCCCGUAUGCCCUCGAGAAGUCUCCAGCCCCGUCAACCGUCGUGUCUACCUACAACAGCAGUGACAUAUCCUUCGAGAAGGGCGGUCCUGUCUGGGAUGGGUAUUUAGAGGAUGAGCUCCCCGAAAAGACGCACGGUCGCUUCCUCCGCAACGUCCGCUUCCAGAUCUUCUCUCUCUAUCGGCGGUUAUUCGGCAUCGUUUUUAUCGUCAAUAUGUCCAUCUUCAUCGCAACCUGCGUCCGAGGCAGCACGGACGCCAACUACCUCGGCAAGGUCUCCAUCGCCAACCUGUUCGUCGCCAUUCUCAUGCGCCAGGCCUAUGUGAUCAACACGUUCUUUGUUGUCGCUCGCUGGGUGCCUAACACAUGGCCGCUUUGGAUUCGAAGGAUUGUUGGACGUGUCUACAGCAUCGGGGGCAUUCACUCCGGGGCAGCGGUAAGCGGCACCUUAUGGCUGAUCCUCUUUGCUGCGAAGGCCACUCAGCAAUUCAUUCAUAAGGACAAGAUUACCGUCCCUACCAUCGUCUUCGCUUACGUUAUACUGGCUCUUCUGCUGGCUAUGAUUGUCUUUGCUUACCCGCGCUCUCGGACCCGGCAUCACGACACCUUCGAAAUGACCCACCGAUUCAGCGGAUGGACGGCCAUCGCGCUCGUAUGGUGUCUCAUUAUGUUCCUUAUCAAGGACUACAAACGGCCAGGUCAGACGCUCGGCCAGGCCGUCGUGCAGGCGCCGCCCUUCUGGCUGGUCCUGAUCAUGACCUGGUCGAUCAUCCUCCCUUGGCUGCGUCUGCGCAAGGUCCCGGUCCGGGCAGAAGUGCUCUCGAACCACUGCGUUCGGCUGUAUUUCGACUACGUGGAUACUCAGCCCGGACACUUCACGCGAAUGUCGCACAGCCCGCUCUUCGAGUGGCACUCGUUCGCGACUAUCUCUGCGCCCGGCGCCAAGGGAUAUUCGGCCGUGGUCUCGCGCGCCGGCGACUGGACGAGCGAGCAGAUUGCCAAGCCUCCGACGGAGAUCUGGGUCCGCGACAUUCCCACUUUCGGUGUUGUCGCGGUCUCGCCUCUCUUCCGCCGUGUGGUCCUUGUGGCGACAGGCAGCGGGAUUGGACCUAUCGCUCCGGUGGUCUUCGCGAAGAAGGUACCGUAUCAGCUUCUCUGGACGGCCCCGAAUGUCCGGAAGACCUUCGGCGACAAGCUGGUCGAUUCUCUGCUCGAGGCCAACCCCAAUGCUGUCAUCUACGACACUCGGGAACAUGGAAAGCCUGACAUGGUCAAACUCACUUACCGUCUCGUGCGCACAUUCAAUGCUGAGGCUGUCGUUAUCAUCUCCAACGAACCCUUGACGAAGAAGGUUGUCUAUGGUAUGAUGAGUAGAGGGAUCCCUGCAUUUGGGGCUAUCUGGGAUUCGUGAUUCUGUUUGAGGUGUUUUUGGAUUCAAUCAGACCGCCUCUUGUCGGCUCUUUGCCGUCGGCCAUCGGCAAUCGCUAGACUUGUAUCUGUAGCCUCACUCAUGCAACUCUGACACCUAUGAUGCACACGAUAUUUCACAAACACG